CUGGAAAAAGGAGAGACGCAAGAUCAUGCAUUAGAUACGACGCAACAUCAUUGAUUUGUAAACCACAUCUUACAUUACUUAAAUUUCCGACCACCACCUUCUGGAUUAAUUGAUCGCGAUCUCAUUUCUCUACAUCAAUUGAUAUGGCUUCAGUGAUUCUCUCAUGGUUCAGUUUAUUGAUAACACUGGGAAUACUAGGUGCACUGUUUGUUAACCCUUCGUGUUCCACUUCAAGACGAGCCCUAGAUCUCCACGACCACAGCUUACAGAUGCAACGUGGGUUCAAGGUGACUCUCAAACACGUGGAUUCUGGAAGGAACCUUACCAAGCUCGAACGUCUUCAACGCCGAAUCAAGCAAGGACGAAAGAGGCUGCAAAGGCUGCACGCAAUGAAGCUCAAGAGCUCUGCAUCACCUGAUAGCCAUACCCGAGUUGAAACUCCGGUUCAUGCAGGCAUGGGAGAGUUUCUGAUGACGUUAUCGAUUGGUUCUCCGGCAAAGAGCUUCUCAGCAAUCGUGGACACCGGGAGUGAUCUUAUAUGGACUCAGUGCGAGCCUUGCAAGCAGUGUUAUAAGCAGCCAACCCCAAUUUUCAACCCCAAAAAGUCUUCAUCUUUCUCAAAGGUGACAUGUACAAGUGAGCUAUGUGAUGCUCUGCCCUCCUCGAAAUGCAGUAACAAAAGCUGCGAGUACUACUACAGUUAUGGCGAUUCUUCAUCAACUGAGGGGUUUCUCGCAACCGAAACUUUCUCUUUCGGAGACGUUUCCAUUCCCAAAAUCAGUUUUGGAUGUGGGGAAGACAACGAGGGUGGCGGGUUCAGCCAAGGUGCGGGGCUGGUAGGGUUAGGGCGCGGAACCUUGUCGUUGGUUUCGCAGCUCAAGGAGCCCAAGUUCUCCUAUUGCCUUACAUCCGUGGACGACACGGAAAGUACGAGCACACUUCUGAUGGGGUCAGUAGCAAGCUUAAACGGCACUACAUCAUCAUCUGAUGUUGCAAACAUCAAAACCACCCCUUUGAUCAGAAACCCAUUACAGCCUACUUUUUACUAUCUUUCCCUUGAAGGAAUCACUGUAGGGGGAACUCGCUUGUCUAUCGAUAAGGACACAUUCGCCCUGGGAGAUGAUGGUGGCGGUGGCUUAAUCAUAGACUCUGGAACAACCCUUACCUAUCUUGCCGAGGAUGCUUACGAUGCUGUUGCGAAAGAAUUCUCUUCCCAGAUGGACCUUCCUGAGAAAGAUGCGGUCGACACGGUAGGGCUAGACUUGUGCUUCGAAUUGCCAGAGGAUGCUACCAAAGUAGAGGUGCCCAAGUUCGUAUUUCAUUUCAAAGGUGCGGAUCUGGAACUACCAAGUGAGAAUUAUAUGAUUGCCGAUACGGGCGUGGGAGUCAUUUGUUUGGCUGUUGGGAGCUCCGGCGAUAUGUCCGUGUUUGGGAAUUAUCAGCAGCAGAAUAUGCUGGUUCUGCAUGAUCUAGUCAAGGAGACGAUAUCGUUUCUUCCUACAAUAUGCGACCAGUUAUGAUGUUGUUUUCUGUGUGCACGCAUUGUUUUCUGUGUUGUCAUGAAUUUCAAUAAUGUCAUUCUUCUCUCUAUUGAGGUAGAGAAAACGCUAGGUUGAUCUGUAUAUCUACUAGGGUACGACCGUACUCAAACUCUUUAUUACAUGUAUGUACAUAUAAUUUGUAACUCAACCGUAUAUAUACAAUUUGUUUUGGUA